ACACCCCGAUGAAACCCGGCAGGGGGUAGAUAGGGGUGAAUGGGGAGGGGACACACAGGGCAGUCCACAUUUCUGUACAUCAAGUCAGAGGGCUGCACAGACGGAGCCUGCAAGACAACCUCCCUGCAAUCCCAUCACCUGAGAGAGACCCUGGCAGUCAUGGACAGCCUCCUGAUGAAGAGGAAACUCUUCCUUUAUAACUUCAAGAACCUGCGCUGGGCCAAGGGCCGGCGUGAAACCUACCUCUGCUAUGUUGUGAAGCGCCGUGACAGUGCCACAUCGUGCUCCCUGGACUUUGGAUACCUGCGCAAUAAGAUGGGCUGUCACGUGGAGGUGCUCUUCCUGCGCUACAUCUCAGCCUGGGACCUGGACCCAGGCCGCUGCUACCGUAUCACCUGGUUCACCUCCUGGAGCCCCUGUUAUGACUGCGCCCGACACGUGGCCGACUUCCUGCGUGCCUACCCCAACCUGACCCUCCGCAUCUUCACAGCACGCCUCUACUUCUGCGAGGACCGCAAGGCAGAGCCUGAGGGGCUGAGGCGCCUGCACAGGGCAGGGGCACAGAUUGCCAUCAUGACCUUCAAAGAUUACUUCUACUGCUGGAACACAUUUGUGGAGAACAGGGAAAAGACAUUCAAAGCCUGGGAAGGGCUGCAUGAAAACUCUGUCCAUCUGUCCAGGAAACUUCGACGGAUCCUCCUGCCACUGUACGAAGUAGAUGAUUUACGAGAUGCCUUUAAAACUCUGGGACUUUGAAGUGAAAGUCAUCAGCAAUCAGAAGACUUCACAAACACUUGUUCUUUGAUUUCCAACUCUCU